AUGCUGGCCCUCCACCGACCAAACCUUCUACUCUAUGACAAAUACCUUUGCUUCGUCUGGUUCAUUCUCGGUUUUCCUGGAAACUUUCUCUCUUUCUUCGUUUGGAUUCGUCGCAAGAUGAGACCCUCUUCCGGCUGCUACCUCGCCGCUCUCGCAUUUAACGAUUUCAUUUUCCUGCUUUUCAACGUCGUCAACAAAGCCAAUUUCGCUUGGGAGACUAACAUCUUGAAUGUGCCAGUCUUCUGCGAAGUUUUUCCAGUUAUUUUCUACAGCACGCAGUACUUGAGUUUGUUUUUCGUGCUGGCAUUUACGGUAGAGCGCUACAUAUCCGUGUGUCACCCGUACCAGAGGGAGAGG